UUUUUAAAUCUCUGGAAAUAAUGCAGCAGUUUAGUUCGCGGGAGAAGUAUUUGGUGUCCAACACCCUUAACUGCUGGCCAGUGAUGCUGCAAGGUCAUCCAGUUCUCAUCGAUUUGCAGAACGAGACGUCUGUGGCCGGAGUUAUCGAUGUAGCCGACGGGCACAUGACCUGCGAACUCUCCAAUGCAGUUUUCAUCGAUCGUAAUGGAGGACAGCAUCCGUUCGAUCACUUUAUGGUGCGAAACCGCAUGAUCCGGCAGAUACACAUACCCACUCACCUAGAUGCAGAGCAGGAACUUCGCCAGGCCAUGGAGAGGGGUGUCCUGCGAAGGAAACGCAUGGACCCCAAGGGAGGAAAGCGUACUUUCAAGCAAAAACGAGCGGAAAUGCGGCACAAGGAAACCCUUCAAAUGAUAUCCCAACAAAAGGAAAGGACCAAGCAAGAGAUCUAGUCUAUAUACAUAUGUACAUACAUAUCACAAAAUCACUUUUAUUUAUUUAAAGAAAUACAUACCACGCUCUACAAAAUGUCUCACAUUCUUUUUUCAAAUUUAAAAUGGACUCCCAGCAGAAGACAAAUCAGAU